AUGCCGUCUCCUGAGAGGAAAACAGAUAGUGGUGAACACAUCGACGCAGUACAAGUUGAUGACAAAGAGAGCACUGGGAACGAAGAUGAAGCCGUAGCCACUGGUUCGCAGGUGUCAUCAUUGGUGACCGACGCUACAAAUCAUAACACCGAACCUAACCAUUCGAACCAACAUGAACCUGUCACUGCCACAGUCAUCGAGGUUGACCAGGCGAAGCCCUCUCCACCUCAGCAACCCCAUCCAGCCAAUCAGCUGCAACAGCAACUGCAAACACAACAGCAACAGCAAUUGGUGUCAAAACCACAUCAGCAACUGCCCACACCACCCCAACACCUGCAGCAGCAGCUGGUGCCAUUGCAGCAACUGCAGCAACAGGUCGGACAACCUCAGCAAAGGGAAGUUGGACACGAGUUGGAUGAACUUGAUGAAAUAAUCCACCUCGCCAGUGGUCUCACAAAUAAUCACCAUUCCGCCAUAGAACGAACCAUACGACCCACCGCUAUAAAACAACCCCGCGCAUCGAGAGCGUUUGCAAUGAAACGAAUAACGUGGGAAGCCAGACGGCACACUAAAAUAUCUCCAGACUUGGAAGAUGUUGACCUGAAUUUGAUCGACCGGGGAGGACUUCCGUGGUUGCCAUAAGAAGGUGACACUUAAAGUCAGGACUUGCUUUAGUAUAGAAAGAAGAAGCAACAGUGACACAAGUCUCCCUUUAAUGUAUUGCUGGAUUAUUGAUGAGUUAAGUCAUUUCUGACCUUUAAACACGCCAGCAAACCAAACCAUGAAACUUUUUGUUUUAUCCUAAGUUUUCUGUAAAUAAAUGUGCAUUGAACUAACUACAAAAACGUGAAAAAGACCUACCAUAUCGAGCGAAUGCAUGUGCUAAUUCUUGUAAGACUUACAAACAAAACUAACAACACUGCAAACAG